AUGGUGUAUUCCUCAUUACAGCGGCUAUCCGAACAAACUCAAACAACUAUUGCGGCAGCGAACAGCAAAGCUGAGGAAGUGCUAGCUACAAUGAGGACUGUUAGGUCGUUUGCUUGCGAAAAUUACGAAGCGGAUUCGUUCGAAGACAGCUUGGAUACGACUCUAAAUGUAAACAGGAAAAAAUGGGCGCGUUUGUUGUUGCUGGUAAUCAUGGAUUGCGUCGGUGCAAUCGCAGGAAAGGAC